AUGUCGGACAAACCGGAGAGCAGCAAGACUCAACUCGAAGAGCAUCUCAACCAACCAUUGCUCCAAAAGGAUUUCUUGUCACAGUUGCCAGUGGAGGUUGCUUAUCGCAUCAUCGGCUAUUUGACACCGUGCGAUUUGACGGUUUGUGCUGGCGUUUCGCGGACGUGGCAGCGAAUUUGUGAAGGUGAUCGGACGUGGCGAAUAAAAUGUUUGGAGAAAGGAUAUGUGAAAUUUGAUGCGCCAAGUUUUCGUUUUCUCGGAGGUUGGGCGGCGAAUCGAGCAAAUGAGGAAGCGGGAAUCACAAUCUGCUCACAUAUGACCUUUCAGGAAGCACGUCAAAAUCGACGAGAACGCGAGAUCGCAUAUGGACAGUGUUAUGAGCGAUCCUCAUGGAAGUCGCUGUACUUGCGGAAGCAGCGAAUCAUUUCCAAUUGGCGAUCCCGACCGAUUCAAUCUAGCACUGUUCUAAAGUCGGGUCGUAUCGUUACUGGUUGGUUAGAUGAUAAUACGUUGCGGGUCUGGAAUGUUGAUAGUGCUCAACCGGCUUUCACUCUAACUGGCCAUAUGAAUAAUGUUGUGACGUCGCAAGUGAGCGAUGAUGGCAAAUACAUUGUCAGUGGCUCGUAUGAUCGAACGGUGCGCGUUUGGUGUGGUCAAACCGGUGUACAGCGUCAUGUUCUGCAGGGGCAUACGGGUACUGUUUGGUGCAUGAGUCUACAUGGCACAACCCUUGUUUCUGGAUCGUCCGAUCAAACGCUCCAAGUCUGGGACAUUGUCGACGGAAAAUGUCUUCAGGUUUUGACUGGCCACAUGGCGGAGGUGCGUUGUGUACAAUUUGAUGGAAAACGGGUUGUGUCUGGUUCCUUUGAUUCUACUGUAAAGGUUUGGAAUGUACAGACGGGUGAGUGUUUGCACACGCUGACGGGUCACACGAAUCCAGUCCUUUCACUUUUGUUUGAGCCGGAGCGCGAUCUUGUCGUCUCGGGAAGUGAGGAUAGAACGAUGCGCGUCGAUUUCGCGUCGGGAAGGGAGGAUAGAACGAUUCGCGUCUGGGAUGUGCGAAGAGGAACAUGCAUCGCAAUUCUUCAUUCUCAUGAAAUGCUUAUCGGAGCCCACUAUGGCAUGCAACUUCGCGGAAAUAUUUUGGUCUCCUGCUUUACCUACACGGACGUUGGGGUUUGGGACAUUCGUAACGGUGGUUCGUGCAUUCAUCGUCUGCAAGGCGUAAAUAGUCACACAGAUUACAUCACUUCAUUUCAAUUGCUCGACUCGGGACUUUUGGUAACAAGUUCUCGUGAUGGCUCGGUCAAGCUGUGGGAUGUGGAUAAAGGUACCUUUGUUCGUGACCUCGUUCGUCUUCAGGCUGACAUUUGGAUUUGGAGACUCUUCGCGACCGAAACAUUUCUCCUAUGUGUAGAUCGAUCUCGAUCGCUAAGCGGAACCGAGGACAGAGAUUUGAUCUUGAUUGAUUUUGACGCAUCAUAUCCA